UCCCUGCGGUCCGGCCUGGGGGAGCCAUGGACUCGGAGGUGCUGAAGACUUUGAUUAAUUACUAUUGUAAAGAAAAAUAUUUCCAUCAUAUGUUACUUGUUGCCAACGAAGGAAUCAGGAGGUACGCCAGUGACUUGGUCUUCAGGUUUUAUCAUGCCUAUGGUACAUUAAUGGAAGGUAAAAUUCAAGAAGCUCUUCGAGAAUUUGAGGCGCUUAAAAAUAAACAAGAUGUGUGUCUUUGUUCGCUACUUGCACUGGUGUACGCCCAUAAAAUGAGCCCUAAUCCAGAUAGAGAAGCUAUUCUGGAAUCAGAUGCCAGACUGAAGGACCAACGUAAAGGAGCUGGACAGAAAGCUUUGUACUACGCAGGCUUAUUCUUAUGGCACACUGGUCGCCUUGAUAAGGCCAGAGAAUACAUUGACAGAAUGAUCAAAAUAACAGACGGUAGUAAAGAGGGGCAGGUUUUAAAAGCAUGGCUUGAUGUUACAAGAGGAAAAGAACCUUAUACUAAAAAAGCACUGAGGUGUUUUGAAGAGGUGUUGGAAGACGGAAAUGAUCUUUUUGCUUUGCUGGGUAAGGCAGAAUGUCUUGAGUUGCGCCAGAAUUAUUCAGGUGCUCUGGACACUGUGAACCAGAUAAUCGUGAACUUUCCAAGCUUCCUUCCUGCUUUUAUAAAGAAAAUGAAAUUACAACUAGCCUUGCAGGAUUGGGACCAGACGGUUGAGACAGCACAAAGGUUACUGCUCCAAGAUAACCAAAAUGUGGAAGCACUAAGAAUGCUGGCUCUUUACUAUCUGUGUAGAGAGGGGGAUAUAGAGAAGGCUUCUGCUAAGCUAGAAAACUUAGAGAAUGCAUUGGAUGCCAUGGAGCCACACAAUGAUCAGCUUUUCUAUAGUAUUACACUAGCCUUCAGCAGAACUUGUGGACGUAACCAACUCAUUCUUCAAAAAAUUCAAACAUUUUUGGAGAGAGCUUUUAAUUUAGAUUCUCAGCAAUCAGAAUUUGCUACAGAACUUGGAUACCAAAUGAUUUUACAAGGAAAAGUCAAAGAGGCAUCACAGUGGUAUAAGAUUGCCAUGACACUUAAUGAGUCCAGUAUCUCUUCACUAUUUGGAUUUAUCCAAUGUCAGCUAAUUGAAGGGCAAAUAGAGGAAGCGGAUCAGCAGCUGGAGUUUUUUACUGAAGUUCAGCAGUCCAUUGGAAAAUCUGCGGAAUUAACCUACUUACAUGCCAUUCUUGCUAUGAAGAAAAAUAAACGACAAGAAGUUGUUAUCAGUUUGUUGAAUGAUGUCUUAGACAUUCAUUUUUCACACUUAGAAGAUUUACCUCUUGGCAUACAGUAUUUUGAAAUGCUAAAUCCUGAUUUCUUAUUAGAAAUUGUUAAAGAGUAUCUGAACUUCUGUCCCAUGCAGCCUACAAGUCCUGGUCAGCCUGUUACGCCACUUCUCAGACGUUGCACCUCAGCCUUGGAGAUUAUCGUGAGAACUGUUCCUGGGCUGCUACAAGCUGUCUUCCUAAUAGCAAAAGUGAAAUACUUGUCAGGUGACAUAGAAGCAGCUUAUAAUAACCUGCAGCACUGCCUGGAGCGUAAUCCCUCUUACGCGGAUGCUCACCUCCUGAUGGCUCAGGUUUAUUUGUCUCAGGAAAAAUUCAAAUUGUGUUCUCAGUCUCUGGAACUUUGUCUGAGCUAUAAUUUUAAGGUGAGAGAAUACCCUUUAUAUCAUUUGAUAAAAGCUCAGUCACAGAAGAAAAUGGGAGAAAUAACAGAAGCGAUUAAAACUCUGCAUAUGGCAAUGAAUUUACCAGGAAUGAGAAGAAUCGGAGCUUCCUCAAAAGCCAAAUAUAAAAAAAAUGAAGUUGAUACAAGCCACCGCUUAUCAAUCUUUCUUGAACUGGUAGAUGUUCACCGCUUAAAUGGAGAACAGCAUGAAGCAGCAAAAGUUUUACAAGAUGCCAUCCAUGAAUUUUCCGGAACAUCUGAAGAACUGCGGGUUACUAUUGCUAACGCAGACCUAGCUCUGGCCCAGGGAGAUACUGAGCGGGCUUUAAGCAUGCUUCGGAAUGUUACAACUGAGCAGCCUUACUUUGUAGAGGCAAAAGAAAAAAUGGCAGACAUUUAUCUGAAGCACAGAAAAGAGAAAAUGUUAUAUAUCACUUGUUACAGGGAGAUUGCUGAAAGAAUGCCCAACCCUCGCUCCUUCCUUCUCCUUGGUGAUGCAUACAUGAAUAUUCAGGAGCCUGAAGAAGCAAUAGUAGCAUAUGAGCAAGCAUUAAAUCAGAACCCGAAAGAUGGGACAUUAGCAAGCAAAAUUGGGAAAGCCCUUGUCAAAACCCACAAUUACUCAAAGGCCAUCACUUACUAUGAAGCUGCUCUGAAAAGUGGACAACAGAAUUAUCUCUGCUAUGACCUGGCCGAGCUCUUAUUAAAACUGAAAUGGUAUGACAAGGCAGAAAAAGUUCUUCAGCACGCUCUAGCGCAUGAAUCUGUAAAUGAACUGUCAGCUCUCAUGGAGGAUGGACGUUCUCAAGUUCUUCUAGCAAAAGUUUAUAGUAAAAUGGAAAGGCCUGGUGAUGCGAUCACUUCAUUACAGCAGGCUAGAGAAUUACAAGCUCGGGUACUGAAACGUGUUCAGAUGGAACAGCCAGAUGCAGUUCCUGCACAGAAACACUUAGCGGCUGAAAUUUGUGCAGAGAUUGCAAAACAUUCUGUUGCUCAGCGAGACUCUGAAACAGCAAUUAAGUUUUAUAGAGAGGCUCUUGUUCACUGUGAAACAGAUAAUAAGAUCAUGUUGGAACUGGCAAGAUUAUACCUGGCACAAGAUGACCUUGAUGCCUGCCAGCGGCAUUGUGAAUUACUUCUCCAGAGUGACCAGGAUAAUGAACCUGCCACCAUGAUGAUGGCUGAUAUCAUGUUCAGAAAACAGGACUAUGAACAAGCAGUGUAUCAUCUACAACAGCUUUUAGAACGCAAACCAGAUAAUUAUAUGACAUUAUCUCGUUUGAUUGAUCUCCUACGAAGAUGUGGAAAACUUGAGGACGUUCCCAGAUUUUUCUUAAUGGCCGAGAAACAUAACCCCAGAUCAAAAUUGGAGCCAGGAUUUCAAUACUGUAAAGGACUCUACCUUUGGUACACUGGAGAACCAAAUGAUGCCCUUCGACAUUUUAAUAAAGCUCGGAAGGACAGUGACUGGGGCCAAAAUGCCCUUUAUAAUAUGAUAGAAAUCUGUCUGAAUCCAGAUAAUGAAACCAUUGGAGGUGAAGUGUUUGAAAAUCUGGAUGGAGACCUGGGUAAUUCAUCUGAGAAGCAAGAGUCUGUGCAAUUAGCAGUGAGAACAGCAGAAAAACUCCUGAAAGAACUGAAACCACAGACUGCUCAGGGUCAUGUACAACUUCGUAUAAUGGAAAACUGCUGCCUAAUGGCUACCAAGCAGAAAUCGAAUGUCGAGCAAGCGUUAAAUACCUUCACAGAAAUAGCAACAUCUGAGAAGGAUCAUAUCCCCGCACUCUUGGGAAUGGCAACGGCAUACAUGAUCUUGAAACAGACGCCAAGAGCCAGAAACCAGCUGAAGCGGAUUGCAAAAAUGAACUGGAACCCUAUUGAUGCCGAGGAGUUUGAGAAGAGCUGGCUGCUGCUCGCUGAUAUUUACAUUCAAUCAGCAAAAUACGACAUGGCAGAAGAGCUGUUAAAACGGUGCCUGCGUCAUAACAGGUCUUGCUGCAAAGCUUAUGAAUAUAUGGGAUACAUUAUGGAAAAAGAACAAGCGUACGCUGAUGCUGCCUUGAACUACGAGAUGGCGUGGAGACAUGGCAAUCAGAUGAAUCCAGCCAUUGGAUACAAGCUGGCAUUUAAUUACUUAAAAGCAAAAAAAUAUGUGGAUGCAAUUGAUGUAUGUCACCAGGUUCUUGAAGCACAUCCAUCUUAUCCAAAAAUCAGAAAAGAUAUACUUGAUAAGGCCCGUACGUCUUUAAGACCUUGAGAAAUAAUUUUAACUCAGUUUGUUGGUGAAGUGAGAAAUGAAAGGCAUCUAGCUUUGAGCUCUUACACUUCCCAGCAGGUUUGAAGUGAUGCCGUGUUACGGAAGCUGCUUUCUCCAGCAGAGGCUGCUGCUGCUCUCAGGCACGAGUGCCCUGUCACAUCCAGGUUUCUAAUGGAGAAGCUGAAUGAGAGCUGAUCUAUUGACUCUGUUUUGAUUUGGUACAGAUUUGGUGGCACUCUGGCUAAGACUAGAACCCUUUCUAUAAAGAAUAUUUUGUUAAAAUCUCGGUAAUUAAAUAUCCUGUAUCUUUUCUAAGGAGUGUUGAUUGUUUAUUUCAGGAAAUAUAUUUAAAGUG